AUGAGUCAGGCCACCGCCAGCAUCCAAUCAUGGAACUGGAAGCGGUUCAUAUCUCUUGCGCAACGCUGCGCCAACAUGCGUCAGCUGAAGCCCAUCCACGCCCUCUUCAUCACCACCGGCCUCCACCUCAACAACUACGCCAUCAGCAAACUCAUCGCCUUCUGCGCGCUUUCCGACUCCGGCGACCUCCGACACGCCUCGCUUAUGUUUAACCAAAUCCAGACACCCAAUUCCUUCAUUUACAACACUCUCAUAAGGGCCUAUUCUCGCAGUUCUCAGCCUCAUUUGGCUCUCCGUUACUUCCAACCCACGGUGAAAGACAAAGUUGCCGAUAACCUGACUUUUAGUUUUGUCCUUUUGGCCUGCGUCAAUGGCGGCUUGGUUCUCGAAGGCACGCAAGUUCAUUGUCGGGUGGUGAAAAAUGGGAUGAAUUUAUUGGAUUGUUACGUUCAGACUGCGCUUAUUAGAUUGUAUGUGGUGUGUAAGGUUAUGGAGGAUGCAAGGAAAGUGUUCGGUCACAGAGAUCUUUUCCAGUGGAAUGCUCUUAUGGACGGGUAUAUUCGGUGUAGUUUGGCUUCUGAGGCAUUGGGGGUUUUUAGGGAUAUGUUGAAAUUCGGGGUUGAGCUUGAUGAAUGUUGCGCUGUUACUGCACUCACGGCUUGUGCACAGUCGGGAGCUCUUUGGUGGGGGAAGUGGAUACAUGAGUACAUUGAGAAGAGGGAAGGAUUUGAAUCGGACGUGUUUGUGGGAACGGCUCUUGUUGAUAUGUAUACAAAGUGUGGUUGUUUGGACAUGGCUGUGGAAGUCUUUGAGAAGAUGCCUACCAGGAACGCUUUCUCUUGGGCUGCCAUUAUUGGGGGGUUCGCAGUACAUGGGCAGGUGAUGGAAGCGAUUCGUUGUUUGGAGAGGAUGCAGGCAGAUGAUGGGCUCAAGCCUGACGGGGUUGUCCUUCUUGGAGUACUGACUGCUUGUACUCAUGCAGGGCUCCAAAAGGAAGGCCAACUUCUGUUGCACAACAUGGAAAGUCAAUAUGGUAUUUUGCCGAAACAUGAGCACUAUAGUUGUGUGGUGGAUCUGCUCUGCAGGGCAGGUAAGCUAAGGGAAGCAUAUCAGCUCAUUAGAAGAAUGCCCAUGAAGCCACUUGCUUCUGUUUGGGGUGCUUUACUAAGCGGUUGCCGUAUCCGUAACUAUGUAGAUCUUGCAGAGCUUGCCGUUAAGGAGCUUGUGCUGCUAGAAAAUGAGGACAAGAGAGGACAAGAUGGUGUGUACGUACAGUUAUCGAACAUUUAUUUGGCUGCUCAGAGAACUGAAGAUGCAGUUCUGAUACGGAAGAUGAUUGGUGAUAAAGGGAUCAGGAAGACACCAGGUUGCAGUACAGUAGAGGUUGAUGGAAGGGUGAAUGAGUUUGUUUCAGGAGAUAUUGUGCAUUCUUGUCAAGCUAAGAUAUGCGUAAUGCUAUAUUUAUUAUCUUCUAACUCGAUUCAUGACCCUUGUGCAGAAUAUGCUGAAACAUACGAAUAUUUACUUCAUAAUAACAGUUAA